AAAUUUUUACCUGGCAUCUCUGUUCACGAAUGACGAAUAUUUUGUUUGCAUCAGAAACGUUUGUAGUUUGUGUAUAAAAUUUCUCAAGGAGGCCACAUAAAGAAACUUUCAAUAUUUUCCAUAUUUCGACUUUGAAGCACAAAUAAAUUAGUUCGACAACGUGUUCAUCGUAUCUGCAAAUCGAAAUGUUCGAAAUAAUACUCGAUAAUCGGAUUCUCCAGGUACAAGGCGGUGGUGACCUUCCCAGUCAAAAUAUAUGUGACUGGAUCGAAAGUGAAACGGGUCUCUCGUCAUCGGAAUAUUAUCUAACGCAAAAUGGCAAACGAAUUUCACUGUCGGAAUCAGCAUCCGCUUCGAACAGCAUUCGGCUGAAUAUCCCGAUUCGUUUGCACCAUCGAUUACCGGGUGGCAAGGGCGGUUUUGGUUCGAUGUUGCGAGCUAUCGGUGCUCAGAUCGAAAAAACUACCAACCGGGAAGCGUGCCGGGAUCUGAGCGGUCGUCGCCUCAGGGAUAUCAACGAGGAAAAGCGGCUAAAGGCAUACCUGGACAAGCAGAAGGAAGCCGAACCCGAUGAAGCGGCAAAGUUGCAGCGGAAAAUCGAUAAGCUUUUGGCGAAACCGAAGCAUGAAUUUCAUGACGAGGACUACAAUCGGACCAGAAGCGAUCUGACGCAGAACGUCGAUGAGGCCGUUCAGGAAGGAUUUCGCAAGGCAAUCCAAGCGGAAAAGGCUGCCACAGAAGCCGGUGUAAAACGAAAGGCUGAUGCCGGUCAGAAGAGCAAAGGGAUGAAGAAGAAAGCCAAGGGAACACUGUGGUUGGGAACAGACGAUUUUGGUUCAUCGUCGGACAGUGAAUCCGAUUCAGAUUCCAGUCGUUCGGACUCAGCCAGUGGGUCGUCCACGGGAACGUCGGGUUCGUGCUCAGUAGGCCAGCAGGUAAUUGCUUCUGUGAAUGAGGUAAACGGUGAGCAAGAAAAGAAAUCGGAUGCGGUGGUUGCGGCGAGUGUUUAGGGAAUCAAAAAAUAAGAAUUUAAACUAUGUACCUUCAAAAUAAAUUUUGUAUUAUGGACUACAUAUGCUACUCAA